CUGAGUAUCUCUUCUUUCGUUGUUCUUUUUCUCUCUUUUUUUUUAUUGAAAUAAUGAGCCAUCAAAGAGAGCACACUGAUCACAGUAAUAGUAUUAGUAAAGAUUAUUCUCUAUAUAUGUAACACAUCCAUGUUGACUAUUGUAGUUUCUUAUGCAUCUUCUUUAGUGGACUCAAGUCAAUGCUGUGAAAGCUGCUUCUGUGAUCAAGAGAGCAAGAGCUACUGUACAUGUGAUAAAGAAUCGAUAGACAAGCAUUAUCAUUGUAGCUGUUCCAUGGCACAAAGUAUAGCCACUUCAUUAAAUCGUGAUAAAGACCAUGAAGCUCUUUCCCAAAAAAAGAUAACUAGUCCUAGACCUACAAGCACGAUGAUUCAUUCUACCACAACCAGUAUUCAUCAAAGGAGAACCAGAAAGUGUCGAUUCCAUACUCGUUUAUUUGUAUUUAGUACAUUUCUCUUUAUCAUUUUGGGAGCCAUUACCGCUUUCUUUUGUUGGCCAAGAACGCCGCGUGUCUCUAUGGAUGGAGGUGCUGACAGUCUAGAGCCACUUGAUUGGACUCCCAUGAUGCCCUCACGAUCUUCUUUAAGGGCAGCAUGGCAAAUCAAUGUGACUUUGGAUAAUCGAGAUAAUUGGAUUCCAACUCGAUUGACGAAGCUGGAUUUUGUCAUGGUGGAUAGUUUGACACAGGCAAAGUUUGCAUGGGCAUCAACCAAUGCACCUAUUGUCUUGGCUCCAGGUACUAUUUCACCUAUCAGUCUAACGUUUAAUGUAAACUAUCAAGCUGCAGAUCGAAAUGACCCUACUUUUCAAAAUCUAUAUCAUGCUUGUACUGCUGAUAAGGAAAGACAUUCACUCAAUGUGCUGCUUAGGGUCUCUUUUCAUAUCUUUGGUCUUUUAUGGACGCCACUUGUGAUAGCUACUCCUUACACGGGAGGAGUCUUGUGUCCCAUAAACAAGUAAUUAUGGCGCAGUUAUGUCAAUUGUCUAAUAAAACACUCCCAGCUGUCAUUUAUUAUACGUGUGAGUCAUAUCAUAGAAAAAAAAAGAGAUCCGCAGCAUAGUACACACGCAAUCGAUGCCUUAUUUUUUCUCAAGAAAAAUGUUUUAUUGACACGCAUAAAUCAUAUUGAACGGGUUUCAUUUUCCGCCAUCA